AUGAUAGUAGUUGUUGUACUGCUUGCUUUUCUCACAAGUAUACAUUAUCUCAUCAGCAGAGUGGCGCAGUGGAAGCGUGCUGGGCCCAUAAUCCAGAGGUCUAAGGAUCGAAACCUUGCUCUGCUAUUCAUGGAUAUACAUUAUCUCAUCAGCAGAGUGGCGCAGUGGAAGCGUGCUGGGCCCAUAAYCCAGAGGUCYAAGGAUCGAAACCUUGCUCUGCUAUUCAUGGAGUUCAAUAUUUUUACAUUCCUUCCUUACUUAGUUCCUUCUAACCUAAUCGUGCUUGCUUUCCUCGCAAUUAAAUAUCAAGUCAUUAGCAGAGUGGCGCAGUGGAAGCGUGCUGGGMCCAUAACCCAGAGGUCCAAGGAUCGAAACCUUGCUCUGCUAUUCCUGGAGUUCAAUUUUUUUAUAUGA